CGGAUGAUAACAAAACUCACAUUUUAGCACAAAGUACGAAGCGGAAUGUGUUUUUCUGCGCGCAGCCGCCGCCCUCCGCCUGGCUGCGGCUGCUUUCCGCGGCUCCGUCUGCGCUUCCCGCCGAUGUUGUUUAUGUGUAGUAAGGGGGGCCUUGAAACCGCCGCGCGUUGCCCCAUUUCCUCGCUUGUUUUCCUCCUCUCCGGAUUCUCCAUGUUGUUGCUGCAAAAGUGAGGAGCUUGAGCACGAAGAGGCGCGGAGCGUCCCGAACACACACCCCAAGUGCCUUUCCGGCCUCUUCUGAGCUCCGAGGAGCAGGAGGACCACGGCAGGACCCACAAAGUCCGGCUUCUCGUCGGGGAUCAGUCCUGAGGCGGGCGACAAGUUCCCUGGUGAAUCUUCCAGCCGACCUGCAGCUGAAGCCAAUGAGGGAUGCCCACCAGCGCCCGGGGACAGGACCUGAGGAUCUGGAGGGCUCCGUGAUUGUCAGAUGGAAAGUUCUGUUAUCACCCAAGUGCAGAAAGAAGACCUUCAAGUGUCUCCGAAGACAGGCCCGGUGAGCCGCUCCGCCCUCAAACAGCCUCGGAGCUGUAACCUCUUCAAAGCGCUCUUCUGCUGCCUUCGAGCUCAGGAUGGCUCCAAACCUCCGUCACCUCCGCCGACUCCUCCGCCUUCCCAGCAGGCCUUGCUGGAGUCACAGGAAAAUGGCUCAGUUGUCAAGCAGGGUGAAGCCAGUCUGCUGCCUGUAGUCCAGGUCCAGGACCAGGGGAAGAUCUGCGUGGUCAUAGACCUGGACGAGACGCUGGUGCACAGUUCCUUCAAGCCGAUCAGCAAUGCAGACUUUGUUGUUCCUGUGGAGAUCGAGGGGACGACGCACCAGGUGUACGUCCUGAAGAGGCCGCAUGUGGACCAGUUCCUGAGCCGGAUGGGGGAACUCUUCGAGUGUGUGCUGUUCACUGCCAGCCUGGCGAAGUAUGCAGACCCGGUGACGGACCUGCUGGAUCACCGCGGUGUGUUCAGGGCCCGGCUGUUCCGAGAAUCCUGUGUUUUCCACCAAGGCUGCUACGUGAAGGACCUGAGCCUCCUGGGUCGCGACCUCCACAAGACCCUGAUCCUGGACAACUCUCCCGCCUCCUACAUCUUCCACCCCAAUAACGCUGUUCCCGUGGCGUCCUGGUUCGACGACGUCGAUGACGCUGAGCUGCUCCACCUGCUGCCCCUGUUCGAAGAGCUGAGCCGGACCGAGGACGUGUACGAGGGCCUGGACCGGCUCCGGGGACAUUAGUCCUGGACCGGCUCCGGGGACGUUAGUCCUGGACCGGCUCCGGGGACGUUAGUCCUGGACCGGCUCCGGGGACGUUAGUCCUGGACCGGCUCUGGGGGGGGGGGGGCAUGCACCCGCAGCUCCUCCGGCUGUCUGCCUGCUGCACCCGGCGACAUGCUGCUUCAGCUGCAGCGCUCACCUGCGCUCUCGGUUCACCAGACGAGGCGCCACUCCUCUUUAUCUUUCAGUGGCAAACCGGAAACCACAACUAAACUACACUUUCUUCAAAGAUUGUCUAUUGCAGCACAAUGACGGAUAUCGCACUCCAACAGGGAUGC